AUGAUCCGCCGUAAGUACAUCUUGCUCUGGCUAUCACUGGCGGUCGCUCUCCUAGCCAGCGAAGGACAUGGACUUGCAAUUGAGCAGCGGAUGAAGCGUGAUAUGUUGUCGGCAGGAGCGGAGCUGGAUAUUUCCGGCAAUUCCGGUGAAGUGAACCGUGCCAGCAUUCCCGUAAUCAGCGACAUUCAACGGGUGGAGAAAAUUGCCGAUUUGAUCAUAUCGGUCGGUGAGCGCAUCAUUCCCGCCUUGCUGGAUGGCCUUACCGAGCAGGUUAUAGCGGCAACACCGGAACGGAAGCUGUCCCGUCAAUCGGAGAAAGAAGGACCGGGACAUGCCCUGUAACGCAGUAACAGUUU